AUGAAGCGUACUGAUAUUCUCUAUUCCCUCAGUUCUGGUUACCUUGCUAAUUAUGAGAUCUAUAACAUUCUCGUUGAAGCCGAAAACCCGGAUAUAUAUGGAAAUACCACCAUUCAGCAGUAUCAAUUCCAUGGUGACGUCCUGAUCUACAAUGGGAAUUGGAUAUCCUGGCUAUCACGAUUAAGUUAUCUCGAGUACAGGGAUUAUUAUGACGGAAUGAACUUCGGCGGAACAUCUGACUGGGCCAUCGAUCUCAAUGCGACCUAUGCUGACGACGGCUCAGGUGAUGAGAUAGACCCUGACUUGGACUUUGAUUAUCCGGCUUGCGACUACAGUCAAACCUUCAGCGACCUUGAUGCCCUCUCUGCAGCCUCCGGAGACAUGCGAGUAGACUGCCUCGCCGGCAUUACACUCCAGACGCUCACCACGAUGUUGCAGACAGCAUACGAUAACUAUACUGAUGUCAACAACGGAUACGAUGAGCUUUUCGGCUACUAUGUUACGUACAUGGAGAACCUUGUCCCGACUGUCCUUGAGAACGAGCUUAUGAUGACCGAUUCUGGCGGCGCAAUGGGUGAAAUCACAGGCGAAGCGCCCAAAUUUGGAGUAGGCGCAUCGCACUUCUCCUGCAGUUUCGGCGGUAAGACCUACGCUGGAUGUACCAAUUUUGGAAGGGAGACAAUCUUGCCUGCCAACAACCCAAAAAAAACAGUCACAUGGACACUCACUGACGAGGACGGAUGGGACAAGAACCUGACGAACAGUGGCAUCUCUCCUGACUAUGUCACCUACGGCGAUUAUACCCGCAAGCAAACUCCAAAUGUUGCCACACACGGUAUGACUGAGUGGAAGUACUAUUUCAAGAACUUUCCUAUCAAGAACGAGUCAAUGGUUGUACCGAACCCGAAGGAUAUCAUGAACCAGGCUUUGCCACACAUCCCGACUCUUCUUGAUGAUAUGCAAGCGACAGUCUAUGAUAUUAUGUUGGGUCAAUGGGUCGGCGGCAAUCUCAACGAUCCUUCCCAGGUGUAUAGCACGGCCGUAUUCAGCAUCAUGCAGGCGAUUGACUCAAUGGCAAAGGCCAAAAAGUUGGGCGAGGAAGAGAAAGAAGCGGAGGAGAAGGAGGCGGAGGAGAAAAAGAAGAACUUCAUUUUGAUGAUUGUUAGCGUGGUUCUUGUGGUUGUUCCUUUCGUGGGCGAGGAAGCCGCAGCUGCAGCUGGAAUGGCCACACUUGCCCGCAGUAUUGCCAUGGCAGGCGAGGCUGCCAACGCUGGCUUCGCCAUCUACGAUACAGUGCAGGACCCGAAGUCGGCUAUCGUGAAUGUUAUCGGUGCUGCUCUUGGAAUCGGAGCGAUUGCAAAGGCUGACCGCAGCGGCGAAGGUCUUUCAGAUGUCGCCAAGACUCGAGCUGGAAUGAAGGCAUCUGAAAUUGCCAGUAUGGGAGACCUUUUCAAGGCAAACGACGACACCUUGCAGAGUAUCCUGAAAGUCUGCAAACUGAGCUAG